GGCUCGCGGCCCGCGGCUGGCAUGGCGGGACGGCGGCGCGGCGCUCGGUGCUGCACGGACCAGGCUUGAGCGGGGCCAUGGGGGGCGCGGGUGGGGACGCGGAGCGCCGGCGGCAGUGGGGGGCCCUGUUCGACCAGCUGGACGCCAAUAAGGACGGGCGGGUGGACGUGGAGGAGCUGCGCCAGGGCCUAGCCCGCCUGGGCAUGAGCGCGGGGGCCCGGGCCGAGGAGGAGAUCCUGCGCGAGGGUGACACAGACCACGAUGGGCAGCUGGACUUCGAGGAGUUCGCCCGGUUCUUGCAGGAGCGAGAGCGGUGCUUACGCCUCAUGUUCCACCGCCUGGACCGCAACCGUGACGGCCAAAUUGAUGUCUCUGAAAUUCAGCAAACCUUCCGCAGCCUGGGGGUGCCCAUCACUUGCGCUCAGGCCCAGAGGAUUCUCGCCAGCGUGGACCGGGAUGGCACCAUGACCAUCGACUGGCAAGAAUGGCGUGACCACUUCCUGCUGCACCCGCUGCACGACAUGGAGGCCGUGGUGCACUACUGGAAGCACUCCAUGGUCCUGGACAUCGGCGAGAGCCUGACGGUGCCAGAUGAGUUCUCAGAGAAGGAGAAGACAACGGGGAUGUGGUGGAAGCAGCUGUUGGCUGGAGCCGCAGCCGGGGCUGUGUCCCGUACCGGCACUGCCCCCCUUGACCGCCUCAAAGUUUUCAUGCAGGUGCAUGCCUCCAAGUCAAAUGCAGUGAAUGUGCUGGGGGGGCUGCAAGGGAUGGUACGUGAGGGCGGCAUCCGUUCGCUCUGGCGCGGCAACGGCAUCAACGUCCUCAAGAUCGCGCCGGAGUCGGCCAUCAAGUUCAUGGCCUACGAGCAGAUCAAGCGGGCAAUUCGGGGGCAGCAGGAGACUCUGCGGGUGCAGGAGCGCUUCGUGGCCGGGUCACUGGCUGGUGCCACCGCCCAAACCAUCAUCUACCCCAUGGAGGUACUGAAAACACGGCUGACGCUGCGGGCCACAGGGCAGUAUGUGGGCGUAGCUGACUGUGCCCGCUCCAUUUUGCGCCACGAAGGCAUCCGGGCCUUCUACAAAGGCUACUUGCCCAACAUGCUGGGCAUCAUCCCCUAUGCUGGCAUUGACCUGGCCAUCUAUGAGACCCUGAAGAACGCCUGGCUGCAGAAGUAUGGCAAGGACACGGCAGACCCAGGUGUCCUGGUGCUCCUGGCCUGUGGCACUGCAUCCAGCACCUGCGGGCAGAUUGCCAGCUACCCCCUGGCACUGGUCAGGACCCGAAUGCAGGCACAAGCGUCAGUGGAGGGGGCCCCACCGGCCACAAUGCGGGGGUUGUUCCGGCACAUCGUGGCGCGUGAGGGGCUGCCGGGGCUGUACCGUGGCAUCGCCCCCAACUUCCUGAAGGUCGUCCCAGCCGUCAGCAUCAGCUACGUGGUCUAUGAGAACAUGAAGCAGGCACUGGGUGUGGUCUCCAGGUGAAGCUGUCACCCUCCUGGUGGGGGGCACCACACAGCCCUCCCCCACAUGGCCUUCUGGAGCCCCUGCACCCUGGCUGGAUCGGGGUAGAGAGUUGCAGGGGUGGGAGGGCAGGAGGCCUCCGCUCCCCUGCUGCUGCUCAGAGCUUGCUCCAUAUAAGUGGAGGCCUCCCAGGCAACACCCCACUGGUGGCUGCAUGUCAGGGCCCUGGAAAGGGGCUGGAAGUCCCCAAGGUGGAGCUGCCUCCCUCUCCCCAAUGCCAGAGCCACUCUGUCCAUGCUGGAUCCCAGCGAGAGAUCCAGGCAAUCAGCACUUGUCUGUGUAGAGACACUGAAUCCCAUCCUGGGAUCCUACCUAUCAGCAGUCACCUUGUGUGGGGACAACACUGGAUCCCAGCUGGGGAUCCACCCAAUCAGCAAUAAUUUGUAUACAGGCACUGUAUCCUAGCCUGGAAAUCCCACCUAUCAGCACUUAGUGACAACACUGGAUCCCAGCUUGGAAUCCUGCCAGUCAGCACUUGCCUGCAUGGUGAUGACACUGGAUCCCAGCCCAGAAUCCACCAAUCAGUGCUCAGCUCUGUGCAGGUGCUGGAUCCUGGUAGGGAAAUCCUGCCCCUUGAAUCUGCUUCUGUAGUGAUGUCACUGGAUCCUGCCCAUCAGCACUCCCCUACCUAAAGACACUGGGGGGGUCCCCACCCCCAACACAGGCCCCCAAAGCUCCAUGCUCCCCUCCCCUUCUGACCCAAACUGGCCUGGAGACCAAGGGAGGAGCAGCAGGGGCCACUUGCUUCCCCCUCCCCCCGUGGAGCAUGCACCCCUGCUUAGUUUGGAGGGACCCCCCCUCUACCUCCCACAUCCCAGGUGCUGGGGCCCAAUGAAGGAGCUGAGCUGAGUGGGAAGUGGGGGGUAACACUGUACAUACAUGCACUGACAGAGAACCCAGGCAUACCACCCACCUCCUCCACCUCAGGAUUCAGGCAUCCAAGCACAUGGAGGCAGCAGGUCACACACACACACACACACACACACACACACACACACACACACAGAGCGUCUCACCACCCCCCCACAACACCCCCCAGGCUAAAGACAAAUGUGUGCAUUGCCCCCCCCAACCUCAAGCCCCUUCCCCACUCUGUAUAUGUUGUAUAUUGAUUGCACUGCAUGUGUCCCAGUCCCCCUCUGACCCCCGUGGGGGGGCACAUCCCUCUGCCUCCCCCGCCAGCAGGGGGCCCUGGGGGCAGUUUGCAAGGGCUAUGGGGGAGGAGUCACCUUUGUUCCCCCCCCCAACAUUCAUUCCCCAGCCCUUGGUCCCAUUCCCCGUUCUGGCAGGGCUACAGCCUGGGGGGAGUGGGUGAGAGGGGGUCGUGAACCCCCCCCCCACAGCCCAGCUCGGGUGGGGAAUCGGGAUCGGGCCGAGGAUCACUGCACAGCGCCGCAAUACCCUACACUGGCCACUAGGCAGCACCACACGGGCGCGGGGGGUGGGGCUUCCAGUCUCAGGCAGAAUCGUACUCCCCUUCAGCAGGGGCAGGAGGAAAGGUGGGGCUGGGGUCGGAGGGAUCAAAGCACGUAGCUGAGGACGCGGGAGAUCGUGACGCGAGGAGGGAGGAAGAAACCCGAGGCGUGGGGCGACGCUUCUGGAGUGUUUUGCAUAGCUAAUGAAUGUUAAUGUUAUGUAAAUGAAGUUAGUGUUGUGUAGCUGAUCCGUCCUACCAUUGUGGGGCUGGGGAGGCAGCCCCCUCCCCCUUUCCAGCCUGGCACCCGGGGGCGAAGGGCCAGCAGGGGGUACUGCCUCCCACCGCCUUCCCCCGGCUGUUGGCGCCCCCUGCGGGCUGCCCCGGUGGACGGGGAUCGCAAAGGGACAGCAAUGAGGACAAAGCCGCUAAUAAAGGGUUUGAAAACGUC